UUUCUGUGCCGUCGUCGAGCCAGCGUUUAGCGACUAAAAUGUUUGGCUCCUCGAGAUCCGGAGGGGUGAGAGGAGGGCAGGACCACUUCAACUGGGAUGACGUGAAAGUCGACAAACACAGAGAAAAUUAUCUCGGGAACUCGUUGAUGGCCCCAGUAGGACGAUGGCAAAAAGGCAAAGAUCUUACGUGGUAUGCGAAAGACAAAACAGGCAGAGCAGCUUUGUCCAAAGAGGAUGAACUUGCUGCAGUCAAGGCAGCAGAGCAUGAGGCACUGAUGGCUGCCCUAGGGCACAAGAAUAUAAAGCGACAACCAACUGGCUUGACCAAAGAGGACCUCGUAGAGGUUUGCAGGAGGGAAGAGGUUGAAGGUGAAGAGAGAAAUGUGGACCGUGUCUCAGGCUUGGGAAGCUCCAGCGCAGGGUCACGAAAAAUGGUGCUGUCCCAAAAAGAAAAGGAGGCUGCUAAAAUGGGCUUGCCAGUUUUUACACACCACAAGACUGAAGGUCGUCCAGAAACCUCAGCAACAAGGGCAACUGAGCAUGUAGAAAAACAAGAACUGCAACAACGGACUGAGAGCAAAAAGAAAAAGAAAGAAAAGAAGAGUAAAAAGGAGAAAAAGAAGAAGGAAAAAAAGAGGAAAAGGCAAAGAAGAGACUCGUCCUCCUCGGAGUCAGACGACAACAGAAAGAGACACAGAAAGGACCACCAUCAUCAUAAUCCAUCAUACCGUAGUCAGAGUGGAGCCAGACCCCAUGACAGCCAUUCAAGGGGGGGAGCAAAGGCCGAGCGGGAGAGCUCCCACCCCCAUCAUCGACAGCAGCGCCACGACACAGACUCCUCUGACGGGGGGUCUCCUGUCCCCCGUAACCCUGCCAGCCACAAGAAGGCCCCUGCUGGUGCCACACAAAGCCACAGGCGGCGCCAUGACACAGACUCGGACAACUAAUGUCCUGCCCACUCCCCCACCCCGCCGCCAAUUCAAAGACGCAUAAUUCGGGCAGAGCGCUCUACAGCAGCUUGACCGGCCCUGAAGACCUCAUUCACCCCAGAUAGCCAAACGGACUGCGGAUGGAAAAUACUCCCUAACAGAUUUGGGGUUAUGUUUGAACUCGUCCACUCAAUAUGGAACAGUGACACAGUUUUUUUUUUAGUGUUAUUUUGGAUUGUGUUGACAGGCUUUUCUAAAUACAUUUUAUGUGAUUAAAUCAUCAAGUAACACGUAAUCUGUACUGUCAAAAGUUGCUGUUUUUUAAAAUGUCUUCUUAGUUUUUAAAAUCCAACGCAAGAUAAAAUAUUUUGCAAGGAAAAUGAUGUGAUCUUUUUAUUUCUCUUUGAGGCCCUGGUAGCUUCAUUCAAGAUCAUUUUGACCCUGACUACUGCUGCCACAAGCAGAGAAAUACUAAGAUUUUCCUGGAAACAAGUUGUUACAUCCUGUGACACAUAUUUAAUUACUGUUCUUUAUGUGAACAUGUCUAAUUAUUCUAAGGUAUCAUGUAGGUUUCAUAAGUAUACAUCUGGCACUUAUUCAUAAUACAUCCCUUUAAACAGCUGUCUCUCACUUAACUGUUUCAUUCAGUAUUUUUGAUGAAAUGCCCCCAAGAUGCUCCUUGAUGCCUUUCUCAUCCUCGUACAUCUCCUCCAUCUCACUGUACCUCUUGCACUACUCAGCAAGUCUGGUCCUUUUCUUUUCUCUGUCAUGCCAGCACUCCUUAAUCCCUCAUCGGUCUAGGUUCAGCUCGGUACCAUUGGAAUGCUCUCCACUGGUCAUAAUAGAGUGUAGUGUUUGCAUUUGCCUUGAAUUGCUCUGAAAGAGGGUAUUCUGCUGGCUGGCACCUGGGGGGGUACACUAAAAAAGAGCAAGGCAUUCAUAAAGAAGAGUGCAAAAAACCAGCCUGGUCCUUUUUAUAUGGCCGAGUACCGUUAGACCGCCACACACAAACCAAGCUGAUGAAGCAGCAGGAGAGGAGGCGAGACAAAGCCACCCUAUGAGGGACCCGAGACUCAAACUACCUCCCCUUCCACCACUACCAUACUCUCCUGCCAUGUUUUAUAGGCUUGGCUGCAUCAGCCAUAGCAGCCUAAUCAACCUGCAAGAAUGCUGUCCUAGAUUGCCACCCCAACACAAUGCAGAACAGGGUGUGCUCUCCACGUAACUGCUUUAACCUAAACACUGGGUGGUUUCAUCACCUUGCAUCGCAUUUCUUCCAGGGUCAAAGGGUGGUAGCCCUGAGAGCUUGAUGUGACACCAGUUUGGGGGUUUCUUCUAGUAUUUUUUCCCCUAGGUAUCACUAUUCCAGUAAGGCUGCAACUAACAGUGUGCCAAUUAUGACUAAGUUUUGUUUUGCAUUUUUUCCAUCAAGUAUAUUUUAGAUUGUGUCGUUUUUAUUAAAAAUGUCCAUUUAA